UGUGGGGCGAAACGUGAUAAUCCAUCGACUCGGGUGACUUUAAAAAAGGAGGAAAAAAAGAGAAAACGGAAAAAGUUUGAGAGAGUGAGCGAAAGAUCGUGCAGAGUGCUUCGAGCUGCGGUAGAAGAAAGCCGGAGCUUGUGGUGCUCUUUUCUCCAGUUUUUGGAUUAUAAAGUAUGGAUGCUUUGAAGUCGGCAGGCAGGGCCAUUAUUCGGAGUCCGAGUCUCGCUAAACAGUCAUGGGGUUCUGGCAAACACAAAAAGCUGCCGGAGAACUGGACGGACACCAGGGAGACGCUCCUGGAGGGCAUGGCGUUCAACCUCAAGUACCUGGGCAUGACCCUGGUGGAGCAGCCCAAGGGUGAGGAGCUGUCUGCUGCUGCUGUCAAGAGGAUCGUUGCCACUGCCAAAGCCGGUGGUAAGAAACUGCAGAAGGUGACACUGAAAGUGUCCCCUCGUGGGAUCAUCCUUUAUGACAGCGUCUCCAAUCAGCUGAUUGAAAACGUGUCCAUAUACAGGAUAUCAUACUGCACAGCUGACAAGAUGCACGACAAAGUGUUCGCCUACAUCGCCCAGAGCCAGCAGAAUGAGACUCUCGAGUGCCACGCCUACCUCUGCACCAAGAGGAAAGUGGCCCAAGCUGUGACGCUCACGGUGGCCCAGGCCUUCAGAGUGGCAUUUGAAUUCUGGCAAGCGGCCAAAGAAGAAAAGGAGAAGCGGGUGAAGUCCGGCUCAGACGGCGAGGGUGCCAGCAGUUCCCAGUCGGAGAGCUCAGCCAGCCUGGCUAGCUUGAAAGGAGGGGCAGAAGUGGCCACCGGGAACCUGCUAGAUUUGGAAGAGGGAGCCAUCCCAGUGGCCGACGUGGGACACAUGGACGACCCUUUCAUGGUGCACAGCCAUGCCACAGAGAACAACAAUACUGUAUGGGAACUUGAUGAUGGGCUGGACGAAGCCUUUUCAAGGCUCGCUGAGUCUCGCACUAACCCCCAGGUCUUGGACAUUGGGGUGACACCUCAGGACUUCAACACUGAAGAGUGCCUGUCUCCCACGGACUGGGACAAAGCGGACGCCAGCGCUGCCGACAGAGACGACAUCUUCGGGUUCUGAGCGUGCCUGCCGCCUGGGGAGGGAGGGGAAGGGAAUGGUGCACGGCUGGUCUUCCCUGGAGGUCCCGCAGGCGCCACCUGGUGGGCCCUAGCUGGGAUGACGCCUAACCGAGCUGAAAGAAUCUUGUGGUGUCUGCUUCCAGAACUCUCAAACCAAAGCAAUAAAACCAUUACAUUGUUUGUUUUUGUUUUUGUUUUGUUUCAUUUUUUUUAAUGUGCAAUGAUCACAGAUCUGGUCUUUGUUACA